GUCUAUGAAGUACAAUGACGUCACGUCUGCCUACAUCCGCUUCUUGCGCAAUCCCCGCGCCACUCGGAAUUCUUUGUACAGCAGCUGAGACGUGGUACGCAUGUUAUUACAUUAAAAGCCGGUAGAAAAUAAUUAGAUAAAGAACAUUAGACAGAGUAAAAAAGCAUCAAUCAUUCUUCAAACUUAGCCCACUAGCACUCCUAACGAUGCCUUCUGAACAAGCUAAGCGUCGUCAAGCCAAGAAGAAAUCAGCUGCAAAGCAGAAGGGUGGGGCACGCAAGGAGAGUAUUAUAUCAUUGAAUGGAGCCACCAAUGGUAAUGGUGAAGUAAAUGGAAUAACUAAAGAUUUGGGAGACUUGGAUAUAGACACCGGCAGAUCAUGCACAGGCGUAUUGGCUUCACAUGCAAGUGGGCGUGAUUUGAAAAUUAUCAACUUCUCCUUAACAUUUCAUGGGGUUGAGUUGUUUGGUGAUACUACAUUCGAGUUGAAUUGUGGUAGAAGGUACGGUCUUAUGGGGCCAAAUGGAUGUGGUAAAUCUACGUUCCUGAAUGUCAUAGGCAAACGUGAAGUUCCAAUCCCAGAUCACAUGGAUAUAUUCCACCUGACGUCGGAAAUUGAGGCAAGCGAGAAGACUGCAUUGGAUUGUGUGAAAGAAGUAGAUGAGGAAAGAAUAAAGCUGGAGAAAGAGGCGGAGGAAAUUGCACAUGAUGAUGGAGAUGAGGCACAAGAGCGUUUGUUGGAUAUAUAUGAUCGACUUGAGGAGCUUGAUGCAAGCAAGGCUGAGGUGCAAGCGGCACGCAUUCUGGAUGGUUUAGGAUUCACUGCCGGUAUGAUGAACACUAAAACCAAAGACUUCUCUGGAGGCUGGCGAAUGAGGAUAGCCUUGGCGAGGGCGCUGUUUAUACGACCGCAUAUACUUUUGCUUGAUGAACCUACAAACCAUCUAGAUUUAGAAGCCUGUGUCUGGCUAGAAGAAGAGCUUAAGUUAUAUAAACGUAUAUUGAUUUUAGUGUCUCAUUCACAAGAUUUUUUGAAUGGUGUAUGCACCAAUAUAAUUCACAUGCACCGUGGAAAAUUCCAGUACUAUAGUGGUAACUAUGACCAAUAUGUUCAAACUAAGAAUGAAUUGGAACAGAAUCAGAUGAAGCGUUAUAAUAGAGAACAAGAAGAAAUUGCUCAUAUGAAGGAUUAUAUAGCAAGGUUUGGUCAUGGUAGUGCUAAGCUAGCUAGACAAGCACAGUCCAAGGAGAAGACUCUAAGUAAAAUGGUUGCCGGUGGACUCACAGAAAAGGUGUACGCAGAUAAAUCUGUGAGCUUUUACUUCCCAGCAUGUGGAAAAAUCCCACCCCCAGUUAUAAUGGUAGAGAAUGUCAGUUUCAAGUAUGCUGAAGAUAAGCCUCAUAUAUACAAGAAUCUUGAAUUUGGUAUUGAUCUAGACAGUCGAAUAGCUUUAGUGGGGCCAAAUGGUGCAGGAAAGUCCACGCUGCUUAAAUUGAUAGUAGGAGACCUGUCUCCUACCAACGGACUUAUACGAAAGAAUUCUCAUAUUAGGUUCGGUAGAUAUCAUCAGCAUUUACAAGAAACUUUAGACAUGGAGAUGAGUGCUCUGGAUCAUAUGCUUAAAGAAUUCCCAGAUGAAAAAGACCGGGAACAGAUGCGGAAAAGUAUAGGAAGAUAUGGAUUAACUGGAAAACAACAGGUGUGUCCAAUGAAAAAUCUAUCAGAUGGUCAGAUAUGCAGAGUGAUCUUCGCAUGGCUAGCUUUCCAAGCGCCUCAUUUACUGCUACUCGACGAACCUACUAACCAUCUGGAUAUGGAGACUAUUGAUGCUCUAGCAGAGGCGAUCAAUGACUUCGAGGGCGGUCUUGUAUUAGUUAGCCAUGACUUCAGACUUAUAAAACAGGUUGCUGAAGAGAUUUGGGUAUGCGAAAAACAGACUGUAACCAAAUGGGACGGUGACAUCAUCAAGUUUAAACAGGAGCUCAAGUCAAGAGUAAUGAAGGCCAACGCCAAAGUCAAGGUUCUGAAGAAAUGAACGACCGGCAGCUGAAAAGAAUGGUGAAUAGAUGACCCACCAGGUGUUGAUGUGGACGUCAAUGGUCUAAGCGCAUGACUUACAAGGUCGCCAGAAGCACAAGCUUGAAUUUGAACCCUUUGGUCUUGUUUUUCAAUGUAUUGAGCAUUGUUUUGGUUAUGAUGAUCAUCAUAUUUAUAAACAUAUUUAUUAUUAUCUUGAUAUAAAUUUGUUCUCUGACAAGCUGUCAUAAUUUAAUAGAUUCGUAAAUAUUUCUUACUGCUUCUACUACUGUAUGGAUGCAAGUAUAAGCCUGUCCUCUUGAAGAUUAAAUUGCAUUAAGUUUAGUGGGUAUACUUUUACCCAGGCACCAGAAAAUGCAACCAGUAAUGCAGAUGGUAAUUUUGAGCUAGGCCUAGCAUUGCGUAGAGGCUGGAAAAUGCAAGCGCAGUAGCAUGGCUGCAGUCAAACUGGGCAGUCAAGUGCUGGGCUUGGCCUAGUUAUCAUCCUAGAAAAACGUUAUGAAAAUAAUCACAAAAUGCUAUAGAGCCUUACAUAUGGAUAAUUAUUCUUUAUGAUUUUCAUUUUGGCAGCUCCUUUUACUUGCAUCAUUAUGGUGAGGUUGAGGGUACAUGCAAUAUCCUGGUUACCUUGCAAAUGUGUCAAAUAUCUCGCACAAAUAUAAUAUAAAGCAUUCACGAUAUUAAUAGAAAAACUUGUAAAAAAUUGCUGUGUGUGAAGAUCCUUUUAACUGAAAACAAAUUGAAAGUAAUCCAGCCCUGAAUAAUGCAAUUGUCUGCUUUGGAGGGUAAUAAGCUUAGCCCAGGGGGCAGUGCCAAUGCCGUUGGUCAGCAUCUCUCCUAACAGGGUUUCCAGGCCUGUACUCAGUAAACUGUAUGCCUCUGAAGUCAGUUAUCCCAAGCUUAACAGCAUAUACAUCUAACCUACUUCUAAAUGCCUAGCCUGGUUUACAAACACGUCUCUUGGUUGUGUAUGACGAGGCUAGCUGCCUAGCUUAUGCCUUGGAUAUGUGUAGUUUGUUAACAUGGGUUCUGGCUUUUUGCUACCCAAAAUGUUCCUACCCCUAAGCCUGUUGCAGUAAUGAAAUAUGCAUCUUUGAUUACUUUGUCAGUACAGUACGUUGUUUACUGCUUUAUCACAUCUUUUGUAGCCAAAUUAUUUUUCUUAAACCUCACUAAAUGUUUAACAGUUUCACUUGCAUGCAUUAGGACAUUUUUACUAUAAACUAAUAAUUUUUUAAAAGUAUAUUAAUUUAUAGAUGCUUGUUAUACCACCCUUAAAAUUACCUUGGAGCACUAUAGUAGGUUGCUACUAAACAGGUUAUCCAUUAUAAACAAGAUAAAUUAACUUUUUAACUGAUAAAAAAUGGUAAUGAAAUGAAUUGUGUUAAUAGGAAAUACAAGUAAACGCUGCAGCUGUUAAUUUUUCACUAACAAUGUUCUGCUACGAUUUAAAAACUUAUUUAAUUUCAUCCAAUUUUUAUAUCACGCCUCAUCAGUGUUACAUUAAUUUUAUCAAUAUACUGCAGUAUAGACUGUAUGUUGAUAGAAGACAGAUAGUAAUGCUCUUUUCAUCUCUAUUCUAUUGUAGCAAAUUCAUUCCCUUCAGUGUACAUGGAGAUAUAUCAGACCAUUAUUCUAUGGUUAAACUUGAUGUGCUUAUUUCAAUACAUACCCCACAGCCAAGACAAUUGUAAUAAUAUAAAAGAAAAAGUAAUACAAAAUUAAGUGCAUGGUUGAGAAUGAAAUGCCUUAAAUUUUUGUAAUGAAUUAUUAGUGGCAAAAAGCAGGGUGGCAAAUGGCCUAUCACUUCCUCUCUAUCCCUCUGCAAUGGUAAUUGACCAGACCUACCAUAGACCGCUUAUGUUUUCUCCGAGUAAAAUAGUCAACUUUAUAUGUAAAAGUGUGUGUACUUAGGAUUAUGAAAAUACAGGUAUAUUAAAUAUUAUACAAUAGGCGCUCAAUA